AUGAAGGCAUACUGGUACGACAACAUCGAGGGCGACCAACGCCUCCCCCACGACUCCGGCCGCCCAGUCACCCCCUCCGACCUCUCCAAACUCGGCAUAAUCUGCCACAACUUCCCCUCUCUCGACGACGUAAACGAACUCGCAUCCUCUCGCAACUACAAGAACCGCGACGAAGUCACAAUCUCCCCCACCACUCUCCCAAACUACGAGGAAAAAGUAAAGGUCUUUUUCCACGAACAUCUUCACGAAGAUGAGGAGAUUAGAUAUAUCUUGGAUGGUGCGGGUUACUUUGACGUGAGGAGCGAGGGUGACGAUUGGAUCAGAUUGAGAUUGGAAAAGGGGGAUUUGGCUAUUAUGCCUGCGGGAAUCUACCACAGAUUUACUGUUGAUGAUAAGAACUACACAAAGGCCAUGCGAUUGUUCAAGGAUGAGCCCAAGUGGACACCACUGCAGCGCGGUGCCGAGACCGACGAGAACAACUUCAGGAAGGAAUACCUCAAGAGCCGUGAGGAGGGUACUAUUCUCUCUGCCUAA